UCUACCCAGGUUUUGAAUGCCCGUAUUAGCGCGGCAAAUGGACCUCGUCGAACUGUCGCAGGAUUUGUUUAGCAUUAACGCCGUGAAGUUCGGUAACUUUACUCUAAAGAGCGGAAUACAGUCACCUGUUUACUUUGACCUACGUGUCCUCGUCUCGCAUCCAACCGUUCUAGCAAAGGUUAGUGAACAGAUUUGGCUAGCAGCAAACCGAGGUAGAGCAGUAUUUGACAGUGUGUGCGGAGUGCCAUACACGGCAUUGCCUCUUGCUACACAACUUUCCGUGCAACACAAUGUCCCGAUGUUAAUGAAAAGAAACGAGGCAAAGGAUCAUGGAACAAAGAAAUCUGUUGAAGGGAGUAUCAUACCCGGCAGCAAAUGUUUAGUAAUUGAAGAUGUUGUCACAUCAGGAGGCAGCGUUUACGAAACAGUCCAGGUUCUACAGAAGGAAGGGCUGAUAGUCACUGAUGCUGUAGUAUUUCUUGACCGUGAGCAAUCAGGGAAGGCAAGACUGAAAGAGAAAGGCAUCACAUUGCACAGUGUUUUGACAGUCACUCAAUUGUUGUCCUUCCUGGAGAGCUCUGGUGUCAUUGACGCUGCUACAGUAGCUCGAGUUCAGGAGUUUGUUAAAGCAAAUCAGUUCACCGCAGGUGUACAACCACAACUUAAAACCAAGGUCUUGACGUAUGAGGAGAGAGCAGCAGUUGCUUAUCAUCCACUAUGCAAGACGCUGUUCACAAUAAUGCAUGAAAAGAAGACCAACUUGAUUGUUUCAAUAGAUUUGACUUCAUGUAAAGAGAUACUAAAGUUGUUGAAUGAUAUUGGUCCGUACAUCUGUAUGGUAAAAGUACAUGUUGAUAUUGUUGAAGACUUUUCUCGUGAGUUUGCAAAUAAUUUGGGUCAAUUAGGAUUAAAUCAUAACUUUCUUGUUCUGGAAGAUAGAAAAUUUGCUGACAUAGGAAAUACAGCACAACACCAGUACACGGGUGGAGUUUUCCAAAUUGUUCACUGGGCUAAUCUUGUGACUGUACAUUCACUGCCAGGACCAGGUGUGGUCAAAAGUCUUAGAGAUGUAAGAAACCUGGCAAAAAAUUUGAGUAGCAAAUGUAUACCUACCAUGUUGCAGGCAGCUCAUGCCAGAGAACGUGGUUGUCUUCUCAUUGCUGAGAUGAGCUCAAAGGGUCAUCUUUUGUCCAGUGAUUAUACGAAAGCUUCCGUGUCAAUGGCACAAGAAAAUAAAGACUUUGUUGUGGGAUUUAUUUGUACACACAAGGUUUCUGAGGAUGCAGGAUUUAUUUACCUGACACCUGGAGUUAGCUUGUCUCAGCGGACAGAUGGACUAGAUCAACAAUACUUGACACCAGAAGAGGUAGUGAAAGUUCGAGGAUGUGACGGUAUAAUUGUUGGUCGAGGAAUAUAUCAGGCAGCAAAUGCUGUUGAAGCAGCAAUCUCGUUUCAGAAAGCAGGCUAUCAAGCUUACGAGGAACUGCUACAAUUGUAGCCAUUAUUUUAUUGUCAGCUGAGUGUUUAAUACGACUGCAAUGCUGUUGAAUUUUAAAACUAAGUAGAUGCAUUAAUUGCCAAUAUGUACUCAGUCUAUUUGACUAGUACAGAAAUGUUGUGAUUUGGUGUGCGAAAAAUCUUUUAAUGAUUUAAUUGCAUAGUUUAUUCAACUGCAAGAAGCUGCUUUGCAGUGAAUUUUGUAAAAGGUUUGGCUGU